AACAGAGAGAAUCCUCUACUUGUAGAAGUAAGCUUCCUAAAAGAAUUCGAUGUUUUGUAAAUGAAGUAACGAAGUUUCAAGCAAACAAGUCACGAUUUAAACCCAUCAAUUUCUCUCUUACCAUCAUCAGGUUCCCACACAGUGACAUAAAGAAAAAUAGAAAGAUGUUUUUCAAAAAAGAGUACCUUGAUCUGUUAUUUGUCCCUAGUGGGUUGCUGAUCAUGUUUGCUUACCAUCUCUUCCUCCUUUACAGAUACCUCAAUCUCCCCCACAAAACAGCCAUGGGGUUUGAGAACUUCUACAGAGAAAUCUGGGUUGGUAAGGCUGAUAGAAGGGAAUUGGACACAGCUCUAUCAGUACUUUCAUCAAACAUAUCAGCUGCAACUUUCUUGGCCACAGUGUCCUUGACUCUCAGCUCCCUGAUUGGAGCCUGGCUUGGAAGCAAUUCAGACACCGUCUUCAGAAGUAAUUUAAUAUAUGGGGACACACGGCCUGCCACCAUCUCCAUCAAGUACAUCUGCCUCCUGACCUGCUUCCUUCUCGCAUUUGCAUGCUUUGUUCAAUCAACCAGGCACUUUGUCCACGCAAACUAUCUCAUAAGCACGCCGGAUGUGGACAUUCCGGUGGAUUACGUGAAGAGGGCAGUGAUCCGAGGCGGUGAUUUCUGGUCACUCGGGCUCAGAGCACUCUACUUUGCCCUCAAUUUGCUCCUCUGGUUUUUUGGCCCCAUACCCAUGUUCAUUUCCUCCGCCGUCAUGGUUCUCAUCCUCCACUUCCUUGAUGUGAACACAAAACCAGUGCCCCACCACCACCACCACUUUGACAAGAUCACCGGACAUCACCGCAGUUCUGUUAUUGUCUAAACUAAAAAUCUCCAUCCCCAUGAAUUAAAUUUCUUCUUUUUUU